CGGUCUGCCUUUUGUGUUUCGUUUCGUUACGCUGCUCCAGGUUCUCUCUUCCAUUCCCACAUUUACUUUUCUGAGUUUGCAGCGAGCGGUCAUAGAAAAUUGUAUAUCCACAGUAAACCAUGUCGAAGCCAGCCCUAUACUAUGCUACACUGAGUCCUCCCUCUCGCGCCGUUCUGCUCACGGCCAAGGCGAUCGGCCUUGAUCUUGAACUGCGGCCAAUUAACCUGCUGAAAGGUGAACAUCUGACGCCGGAAUUCAUCAAAUUGAACCCUCAGCAUACGAUUCCGACCUUGAUAGAUGGGGAUGCAACGGUAAUCGACUCGCACGCCAUCUGCGCCUAUCUGGUGGAGAAGUAUGGAAAGGAGCAGCAGCAGCUCUACCCCAAGGACUUGGUGCAGCGCGCCAAUGUCGAUGCGCGUCUGCAUCUGGACUCGGGUCAUCUGUUCGCACGCCUCCGUUUCCUCUACGAGCCAAUCCUGUACUUCGGCUCGACGGACUGUUCCAUUGACAAGAUUGCCUACAUCCAGAAGUGCUACGAGAUUCUGGAGGGUUUUCUCAAGGACCAGCCCUACUUGUGUGGCACUGAUCUGACCAUUGCCGACUUCUGUGCCGUGGCCACAGUCACUUCAGGAAACGAUGCUGCUCCAAUUGACGAGUUCAAGUUCCCCAAGGUCCACGCAUGGCUGAAGCGACUUGCUGAGCUUCCCUACUACCAGGAGGUGAACGGAGAUGGGGCCGACGAGCUGAAGGCCAUUUUCAAGACCAAGUUGGCCGAGAAUCGCGGCAAGUAGUGCCCUUAGCUGCUACCUACCUAACCAAUCUUCUAUAACUACACAUACAAUUACAAUUAUCUAUGCUUGAAUAAACGGCUUUAGUUUUGCAA